AUGCUGCGCCGCUUAACCACCCGCUUCCCCCUCCGUCCGCUGCAGACUGCCGCCCUCCGCCCUCAAUUCCUUGCAACCGCCCCAUACUGCACACACCCUACGCCCAAGAUGCCUGACACCACCGACCCCAAGGCUGUCUCCCGCUACCUGGAGCAGACGCACGAGAAGAUCUUCGAGAGCAACCGCGCCUGGGUUGCUGCGAAGAAGGAUGCCGACCCGGAGUUCUUCGACAAGCUUGCUGCUGGGCAGGCUCCUGAGUACCUGUACAUCGGCUGCUCUGACAGCCGCGUCCCCGCGAACGAGAUCAUGGGCCUCGACGCCGGCGAGGUCUUCGUGCACCGGAACAUCGCGAACGUCGUCCCCACCAUCGACCUGAGCGCCAUGUCCGUCAUCAACUACGCCGUCCGCCACCUGAAGGUCAAGCACAUCGUCGUCUGCGGGCACUACAACUGCGGCGGUGUCAAGGCCGCGCUUACCCCCACCGAUCUGGGCAUCUUGAACCCCUGGCUCCGCAACAUUCGUGAUGUCUACCGGCUACACGAGAAGGAGCUGGAUGCGAUUGAGAACGAUGAGGAGCGAUUCAACCGCCUUGUUGAGCUGAACGUUGUGGAGUCGUGCCGCAGCGUCAUCAAGACUGCCGUUGUGCAGCAGAGCUACGAGGAGAACAGCUUCCCCAUUGUUCACGGUUGGGUUUUCAACCUCAAGGACGGUCUGCUUAAGGAUCUGAAGAUCGAUUUCCCGGGCAUGUUGGCGGAUAUUCAGAAGAUCUACAACCUUACCAAGGGUUGA